CUUCUUUCAACUCUCUAGAAGUGAGCUGGAGGGGCCAUGGCUGACAAAAUCCUGAAGGAGAAGAGAAGGCUGUUUGUGGAGUCAGUAGACAGGGGUGUAAUCAAUGGCUUGUUGGAUGAUUUACUGGAAGUCAAAGUGUUGAAUCAGGAAGAAAUGGAGAUAGUGAGGGAAGAAAAUAAAACAGUCAGGGAUAAGGCUCGGGUCCUGAUUGAUGCUGUCAUUAGCAAGGGUUCCAAAGCCAGCCAAUGUCUUACUAAAAGUAUCUGUGAAAGAGAUGGACAUCUUGCAGAACAGCUUGGUCUAUCUCCAGCUCCUCUGUCAAUCGAGGCCAAUGUCACAGACUCACUCAAGCUGUGUUCCCAUGAAGACUUCCAAAGGCUAAGGAAGAACAUGGCAGGAGAGAUAUACCCAGUGAUGGAAAAAGAAGUUCGCACACGCCUGGCUCUCAUCAUUUGUAACACAGAGUUUGACCAGCUCCCUAAGCGGAAUGGGGCUGAAUAUGAUAUCAUAGGAAUGCAUGACCUUCUUGAGGAUCUGGGUUACAGGGUAGAUGUUAAAAAGAACCUCAAAGCUUUGGAAAUGGAGUCAGUGCUGCUGCAGUUUGCCUCCCGCCCAGAGCACAGGACUUCUGAUAGUACUUUUCUGGUGCUCAUGUCUCAUGGUGUGCCAGGAGGCAUCUGUGGGAAGGAUUACACAGAGGAAGCCCCCAAAAUUCUACCUGUUGACAGGAUCUUCCAAAUUUUCAACACUUGCAAUUGUCCCAGUUUGAAGGACAAGCCCAAGAUCAUCAUCCUUCAGGCUUGUAGAGGGGCAAAUCUGGGGGUUGUUUGGGUUAGUGAUUCAGCAGUACCUCAUAAAGACAGGGGUCCCCAGGACCUACGCAUCUUUGAAAAUGAUGCUCUCUGUAAGGCCCAUGUGGAGAAGGACUUCAUUGCUUUCUGCUCCUCAACUCCAGAUAACAUGUCUUGGAGAAACACCAAAAAGGGAUCUCUCUUCAUCAUCCAAUUAAUUCAUUGCUUCAGAAAGUAUGCUUGUUGCUGUCAUCUGUAUGAUAUUUUCUGCAAGGUCCAGAAUGUAUUUGAGAUCCCAAUGGAGAAGGUGCAAAUGCCCACCAUUGAAAGAGCAACAUUAACAAAGCAUUUCUAUCUUUUCCCGGGCAAUUAAAUCAAAUAAGCAGCAGCAACAGUGGCCUCUCAGGGAGUCACAGGUGAUGCAGUACCUAUAUAGCUACCUCCCCCAGAAGACUGUUUUCAUUGUGGGGAUUUUUAAUGUUGCUAUCAUUCAAUAAAUAUGAAAUCAAA